GCGUGCGCGCGAAGGCGAACGGGACGCCGCGAUUGUCGCAGCUCACGCAGCACGAUGAGGACCCGGCGCAGGAACGGAUCGUAACGUGCGGGACCCCAGAUGCCUCCACUCCCUCUCGACGAGCGCAUAGUGGUCAUACAGCGCCCCAAGAGCUUGCCCUUGCGUGUGGGCUCUCCCCCAACCACCUCCCAGCAGUCCCACAGCGCCUCCCUCAGAAGCGAGCCUCCACCUUCUAAGCCCCAGCCCCUCCCCCGUCACUCCCGUCCCCACCCCUCCUCCUCGUCGUCCUCCUCCGAGCGCAAACGCAGGUCCCCUCGCCGGCGCUCGAAGGGAGCGCGGGAAGACGGCGAGCGCGGCGACUUCCACCCUCAGCACAGCAACGGAGCCGUGAUCCUGGGAUCUGGGCAGCAGAAGCACACGCACACCAUAGACAUUAAGUUUUCCCUGGGUGCUGGGGGAGGCGCCCGAGAAGCGCUCUCAGGGAAGGCGCACGGCGGCAGCUUGGGCCGCAGCAGUAGCCUGAAGGGCAGCAGAGAGAAGAAAGUGUCUGUGCGUGUGGAUCUGGGGCAGGGUGACAAGAGAGGUGGCAGAGCCCAGGCGAAGACCGAAGAGGCGUUACAGCAACUGCAGAACAGCUCUCAGGGCAAGAAGAAAGUUCCGCAAGACACCCAUCAUCCGAACGAGCAGCGUGCUCGUCCCGGAGAGAGAAUCGGGCCGGCCGAGCCCGGGAAGGAGCGAGACGAAGACCCGCCCCCUCAGGCUUACCCCGCCAACAGCAGCUUGUCUUCCCAGGCUCUGCGGGAGGUGGCGUGUGCAGGGAACAAGGAGAACUCCAAACUGGGACCAGUUCACCAACCGCCCAAGCCCCAGUGCCUACCCCGCCAGCACGCUUCGAUCCCUGUGCCCCACGCGUCAGUCCUAAACAGCCGCCACCCUGCCUUAGCCCCGCUCUCCUGCAAUUCCGCCGCCCCUCUCCACCAGCAGCUCGGCCAGCCGCACGCGUUCCGGAGCCGGGAGCUCCCGGCGCCUCACCUCCUCGCGCUCGCCAGCUCGCGCAGCUCCUCUAGGGGCGGGGCUUUCCCCAGUCCGGACCAUACUUGCGCCCUCGGCCUCUCCCACCCCUUCAACUGUGGCUGCUGGAAGCCGGUCCGGUCCGGUGGCGGAGCUGGCCGGCCCGGAGGGUGCCAGGGUGGUCCUGGCGUGGGCAGGGGAAGCAUGGGGCUGAAAACCCUGGGAGGAUGUCUGUCUACCUCAUCCACCACUAACACCUCGUCAUCCAACAGCACCGUGUCCGACUGUCGUACCGGGCCCCUCAGGCCCUUGGGCUGCGUCCUCUGCUCGGGCAGAGGGGGCGGUUUCGAGAGCCCGGCUGCAUUUCGGAAGAAGCUCGUCGGGGGCUGCCUGCCAUGUGCACCCCUCUCAUCCUCCGCUCCUCUGCGCGCCUUCCAAAGUUGCGUUGGGGGCUGCAACCCGAAGAACAGCCAGGCCGGCAGUUCUACCUGCAGCUACUGCAGCAGCGACCCUAUAGUGGUGACCUACAACCCCCGCAGAGGGAAACUGGGUGGGGCAGGCCAAGCCGGGGGGCUACGCACAGCAGGGAUAUACUCGGCGGAUGAUGACGACUACAGCGUACGCAGCAUCUGGCCUGAGGAGCUGGCGAAGAAGAUGACUCGCUCCAAAGUCGAGCAGAACCAGCAGGUUGUCGGAUUGGGUCGGGGUCCCGCAGAUACGUGUGAGAGCCAGAAGCAGAACGGCACCAGUCCUAUGGUCCUAGACUGCCGGAACCUACUGGAGUUCACCCGAUCUCAGCGGACGGACCACGCAGGUCGCCGACGUCUCCAGCAGGGGAAAAUGGCGGUCCUCGAUUUCAUUGGCUCAAGCUCAGGUCGCGAUGUGGGCCACGACUCGCUCAAGAGGCUCUGGACCAAAGGCGGAGAGCACUACGAGGGUGAUUCUAACGGUUUUGGCGAUGGCACCUUGCCCCACUGCCCCUCAACCACCUCUCCCACCAGCCAGUCCCCAGCCUCCUUCUCUCCUCCACCCUCAGCCCACACCACCCUCACGAAGGCCCGGGACAGAGAGGCGGAGGGGGGCCACUCGGUCCCUUCGCACCCCCUCCCCACGGCCCAGUCGCUGCACCUGAUUCCGAACUCACUCGGCCAAGACCAAGACGAGGAGGGCAGGAAAGCGCUCCAGCACGACCCCGGGCUCUCGCUGCCCCUCUCCUCCUUCCUCCCUUCCUCCCUGUCGGAGGAGACGGAGCUGAGCCCUGACGUCGAGAACGCGCCCCUCAGCCCCAUCCUGCCCUUCUUGUUCCUGGGGAAUGAGAGAGACGCCCAGGACCUGGAGCUGCUGCUGCGUCUCAACAUCGGCUUUGUGGUGAACGUCACCACCCACCUGCCGCUCUACCACCUGGCUACUGGCCUGGUGCGCUACAAGCGCCUGCCCGCCACCGACAGCAGCAAGCAGAACCUUCGGCAGUACUUCGAGGAGGUGUUCGAGUUCAUCGAGGAGGCGCACCAGAGCGGACGGGGGGUCCUGGUGCACUGCCAGGCCGGGGUUUCCCGUUCCGCCACCAUCGUCAUCGCCUACUUGAUGAAGCACACCCUGAUGACCAUGACGGAUGCCUACAAGUACGUGCGAAGCCGGCGGCCCGUGGUCUCGCCCAAUCUCAACUUCAUGGGGCAGCUGCUGGAGUUCGAGAGGGACCUCAAUUCGGGCGUCACCCCGCGCAUCCUCACACCCAAGCUCAGCGGCCUGGAGACCCAGGUCUGAGAGGCACCAGCUGAGGAAGAGAGUAGGGCCAGGACAAGGAGUGCUGGAGGAAGAGAAGGAGGAGGUGGAAGGAUAAAAGAGGGAGGAGGAGGAGCGCAGUAAAAGCCCAGGAAAAGGAGAAAUAAGGAGAGGGAGCUGGAGAUGCUGACUGUGAGGAAUUAAAGUCAAUCUUUUGCUGAUUAUACUAAGACAAAAAGAGGCAGGGGAAGCAACAGAUGGAAUAAAGUGGUACUGUGGAGAACAGGAUUAUGGACGAUCCUCUUAAAGCUUAAGAUGUAUAUCUGCUGCUACCGGGCUAAAAUUUGCAAUGGACGAAGAGAAAGAUGCUGGUAUUUGACUGCAGUUUAAGAGUUUUUCUGCUGGUAAAUUCAGUUUUUUUAAAUUUUUUUUUAUUUUUAUUGCGAUGCUCUGGUGGAUGGGAAAUACUUGUAUUAUUUAUAUUAUUUUAAUUUCGGAGGGUGUGCAAUAAAUCUGUAACUUACAAAGCGCACUGAGAUUUAAAGGAGCCAGUAUAGGAUUCCACACUACUACGGUAUGGUUUUAAAACGAAAAGUACGCGAGCAAAAAUGAUUCCAGUUAGAGCAGACUAACGUCGACCAAAUUACAGUGUAAGAUGAACAGAAUUUACAGGCUUCCGGUGAACAGAGAGGAGUUAUGCAGUAAGGAGUUAAAGGUUUCGUACGAUGCCACGUGCACAUCCCAAGUCCUUUAUUCUGUGUUUUCUGGCCUUCAGCAAAAUUUUUGUUAUAUUAUGA